UACAAGAUAAUUAUUUUCCCAGAAAUAUUUUUCUAUAUUGAUAUUUUUUAAAUAAUUUUUCUGUCUUCAGUAAAUAUAUAUUUUCACCCUUUUUAAACUCUAUAUGGAUACCAGUCAGCGCAUAAUAAAUUAACUGAUAAUAGCGGAUGAGAAUUUUUCCAGGUGUAUUUAAUUUUGUCAUUUUUGCAACUACUGCAUACCCAAGAAAUAUUUUCCGUGUACUAUUAUUUUUUAAAUAAUUAAUGUCAAUGACAUUAUCAAGCAUUAUUUUCAUAUCUCAAUUCUCGUGGGUGUUUUUUUUUUUUUAACUCACGUAAUAGUAAAUGUCGUACAUUCAUACAGUAACAUACUCUCUUGAAAAAUAAUACUCGAGCUAACACAGUGAGUUGUAAAAUAAAGAAAUAAAAAUUCAAUACAUCAACAAUAUUGUAUAUGAAAAAUAAUCAAGUACAAUAUAAAAAAAAUAAUAAUUAUUUAUCGAAAAUGGCAAAAUCAAAAAUACCGUUUGAAUACCGAGCACUAGUAACAACAGUUGAAUUUUUAUUAAAAUGUGUUGCAAUUUGGCCAUUAAGUGACGACAAUUUUUAUUCACGAUUUGGACCAUAUUUAUAUAUGUUUACACUUAUUUUUACAAUGUUUGGAAUUUUUUAUUCUAUGAUGUGUAGCUCUGGAAAUAUUGGUUUUUUAAUAAAAACUUGUUUUUGGCUAACAGGUGAUGCCAGUGUUUUAUUCAAGAUAAUGACUAUUCAUUUUAAUCGUAAAGAAUUAAAAAAACUGUAUGAGAUACUAGAAACUAAACAUUACGUUAAAUUGCUGAAAAAUUCAAAUUUUAAAGAAACAAUUUUGAAAGGAAUGUAUUGUAAUAUAUUGCAUGUACUUACAAUAUUAUAUAGUCUAAAUUUGUUAUCUUUUUCAAUGCCAUUGUUUGAUAUUAUACGUCAAUUUAUUAGUGGUGUUCAUCCAAUACAAUACCAAUAUUAUUUUCCACUAAAUUAUCCUUGGUAUCCAAUAUCACCAUAUGGAUUCAUGUAUAAUAUACAUUUUUUAAUUGUAUCAACAUCAUCUCUAACAUUAUCAUUUGCAUCAUCUACUUGUGAUGCAUUAUUUUUUUUAUAUAUCAUUAAAAUAAUUGGACAUUUACGACAACUAACUUAUGACAUGAAAAAUUUUAAUAAUAAUGAUGAUGAUUAUCAUGUUUUUACUCGUAAAGUUGUCAUAGAACAUGUUAAUUUAAUAUUUUAUUGUCAUAAACUUGAAAAAAUAUUUGGACCUCUUAUAUUGUGGUUUACGAUAACAAAUGCUGUUAUGCUUGUUGCUGCCACAUAUAUGAUAACACAAUUGAGUCACUUGUUAUCAUUUGGUAAUACAAUACAACUUUUUGCAUAUGUUUUAGUUAAAUUGUUACAAGCAUAUAUAUAUGGAUAUUUUGGAUCAUGUUUACAAAAAGAAAGCGAAAAUUAUAGUUUAUCAAUAUAUUUUUCAAAUUGGCUUAGAAAUAAAAAAUUUAUGUCAUCAAUUGUGAUAAUGAUAUCACAAAAACCAUUGAUUUUUAAUAUUUGCAGUUUUUCAGUUUUAUCUGUUGAAUUAUUUUUUGCAACUCUUAAUACAACAAUAUCAUAUUAUUUUUUAUUGAAAACUCUUGAUAAUUGA